AUGUUUGAGGAAUACAAAACACUAUACCUUUACAGAACGAAACAGUACGAAGAAUGUCUUCAAUUGUGCGACAAAGUCUUAAAAGAUAAAAGUGAUCGUAUGGUAGAGUUCAUUCGGAUGCGUGCAAUGACGGCACAAGUUAAGGUAGCCGGCAAUGGAUACGAAGAAGUUGAUUAUUUGCCUUAUCAGGAAAGUCUCACUUCAACUGCUGUGGCUAAAACACCACGACCCGGUACUUCAUUUGACAAGAAAAUCACUACUGCUCAUCUUACCCAAGCAAACAAACGAAUUUCUGCAACUGCUACUCUGAGAACUGGAGUUAAUGCUCACACAGCACGAGCACAUAGCGCAAGAACAGCACUGCACACAGCGUCACGUGCGUCCAGGGCUGCUACCGCUAUAGCUGGAGGACCAGCACAUAACGCACCCAUAUCGCUUAGAAUUUUAUCAAAAGAUGAGAAAAAUUUUAUACCUGCCGCAAAAACCUUGUUUGAGUAUGUGUUUUAUUGCGAAGGAGACAUCCGUAAGGCUAUGGACAUCGCCUUUCAAGCUCAAAAGGCCGAUGUAACGGUUGACUGGUGGUGGAAUUAUUCCCUAGCCCGAUGUUAUUACACACUUGGCAUGUACAGACAAGCGGAAGAUUCUCUUCGUCGAGCACUCAAACAGAAUAAGCAUAUUUGUAUUUAUCUUCGUUUAAUAGCCAUGUACGUUGCUAUUAACCAGCCUAUUUCAGCUCUAGAUGUAUGCAAGCAGGGGCUAUCGGUUUUCCAUGAGAACACGUCUUUACUUAUAGAACAGGCUAGAAUCAAUGAGCAGAUGGGUAACUCCGCUGUUGCAGUAAAAGAUUAUAGAAUGGUCGCUCUACAAGACCCAUCAAAUAUGGAAGCUGUUGCGAAUAUUGCUAUGUAUAAUUUUUACAACGAUCAACCAGAAAUAGCGAUGCGGUAUUACAGACGUUUACUCGCUACGACUCCACCUGGCUCAGAGAUCUACAAUAACCUUGGGCUUUGUUGCUUUUCCUGCAGCCAAUGGGACCUUAUUUUACCCUGCUUUCGGCAGGCUCUAUUCUUUUCAACGGAUCCGCCAUCAAAGGCUGAUAUAUGGUUUAACCUUGGACACGUUGCAUUGUCUACUGGUGACAUGAUAUUAGCAAGACGAUGCCUACAAGUAAGUCUAGCAAUUUUUGAAAAGGAAUAUGUGAGACAAGCGUUAAGGGCCUUAGAUACGCGAUUACGAGCAAGAAAACAUUAA